AUGACAGAUCAACACAUGGCUGAUCAAGAUAUCAACGAUUUUGAAGCUCAGGCAAAUGCGGAAGAUGGUGUCAAUCUGGGAUUCACUAAAGAGUUGAUCGAUGAGAUUCGGGAUAAAAAAGAGAGCAAUCCGGGAAUGUUUGUAUCGGCAUGGCAAGAUGAUACAGAAGGACUUGAGGAGAAAAAUAUGGAAGAUCCGAUUGAAAAGUGGCUGACUGCUGCUGAAGAUGGUGAGCUCGAAUUGGUCAAGGUUCUAUUGGAGGAGACACCGAAUUUGCUGAAUUCUCGAGAUGCCGAUGGAUACACAGCUCUUCAUCGUGCUUCAUACAACAAUCAUUCACCAAUAGUAGAUCACCUUCUGUUAUCUGGAGCCAAUAAAGAGUCAAAAACGAAUGAAGGAUGGACUCCAUUACUUUCAGCCAGUAAUUGGGCGAAUUUUGAAGUAGUUGGGCGUCUUUUGAGUCAUGGAUCCGAUGUCAAUGCUCUCUCCAAUGGAAAUUUGACAGCUCUUCACUUGGCAGUGAAUAGUCGAAGUGAAGAACCAGAAAAUGUGUACAUGACUGUCAGAUACCUCUUACAAGCUCCAGGAAUCGACGCUGGAGUCAUAGCUGGUAACGGAGAUACCCCCUUGAUGAUGGCUCGGCGAACUUCUGAACAACUCUACAAUGCAAUUCGCGAUUUUAUGGAACGACCUUAAAGCUCUAACCUUACUGUGAACGAAUCUCAAUUUUUGGGUUUAUGGAGGCGGUUGUUUAUAUUUUCCAAUUUAUUUAAUUAAAACAUGAUCUG